GCCUAUACCGAGAAUAUCCCGACAUUCCCACCCUCUCAUCUCUCUCUCACUCUGAGAACUCAUCUCUCUCUCGUCCGCUUCUUCGCCCCACCCCCGCUGCGCUCCCGAGCGAAUCCAUGGCGCGAUCCUGCGACCACGAGUGGAGACCCCCCGUCGCCACGGCGGAGCCCCCCCGUGCGGCGGCGGCGACGGCGGCGGUGGCGGUGGCGAAGCCGAAGGGCGGCGCACGGCUCCUCUCCUUCCUCAUCCAGGGCGCGGUCAUGGUGGUGGCGCUCGCCCUCUUCUUCCUCUUCGCUGGGGUCGCCGCACUCAUCCUCCUCCACCUCUUCGUCGCCGGGAGGGCCUUCCGCCGCCGCCGCCGCCGCGUCACCGCCACCCGCGGCGCAGCCGCCGCCGCCGACGGCGGCGUUGACGACGGGCCCCUGCGCGGCCUCUCCCCCGCCGAUCUCCGCCGCCUCCCCUGGUUCGAGUACUCGCCGUCGCCGCCGCCGCCGCCGCCGCCGCCGCCGCCUCCCGAUUGCGUCGUGUGCCUCGAGGGGAUCCGGGCGCGGGAGCGGUGCCGUGCGCUGCCCCCCUGCGGCCACGUUUUCCACGCCGCGUGCGUCGAUCGGUGGCUCGUGAAGUCCCCGGCGUGCCCGAUCUGCCGCGCCGCCGUUUAGGCGGCGGGGGAGGAGAUCGCGCGAACGCCACGGCGAUGGGUUUGA